AUGACGUAAUUAAUGGCACCAAGAAAAUGACCUGAGUAAUUUUCGAAAGUGUUUUUAAUGUUACAGGUGAGCACACUAUAUAGUCCUCUACAUUGAACUCCCUACAUAGUGAGUAGGGAGUAGUGAAUGAAAAAAUGAUUUUGGACACAGCCAUCAACCAUCCCUCUUCCUUGUAUUUCUUAGAGUUGUGUCCCAUGUUCCCUGUGACAUGUUGCUAUAGUGUGGAGGACAGAACAAAACCAGGUCCCGCCAUGACAGCCAGAAUGUGGGGCAGCUGGAGCCGGUGAAAUGAUCUCUCCUGGCUUCCCUACAAUCAAGAUGGCAGUGAAGAUUACUAAAAGUGGGAGCUAAAUGAUCUCGUAACUUCAAUGAAUCAUAACAUAUCUGAACAGAGACACUCCCACCUCCUUACACCGGGAAAAAACUCAGAAAACUACACAGCUGAAUCAGCUCAGUCCUGUGCCCACACGUCUUUAUGAAAACAAGAUGAAAAACUUACUUUUGUUGCUUCUCUUCUGUCACAUUGCAUCUCCAGUGAAACACUCCUUGAAGUUUUUCUUAACUGCAUCUUCUGGAGUCCCAAACUUCCCAGAGUUUAUGGGUGCAGCAGUGGUUAAUGAACUUCUGGUGGCUUACUGCAACACAAGCAGCAUAGAACCAAAACAGGACUGGGCGAAAAUAUUAUUAGAAAAUUUUCCUCAGCACAUGGAGCGGUACACUCAAGAAUGUACUGAGGUCCAGCCAUACUUCUUAAAAGCCACUAUUCAUGGUUUAAAGCAGCGCUUCAACCAAACUGGAGGUAUUCACAUUUUACAGAAGAUGAGUGGCUGUGAAUGGGACGAUGAGACUGGAGAGGUUAAUGCUUUUAUGCUGUACGGUUAUGAUGGAGAAGACUUCAUGUCAUUCGACCUGAAGACAUUGACAUGGGUCACUCCGAAACCACAGGCUGUCAUCACCAAACUGAGAUGGGAUGCCGAGAAAGUUAUGAAAAAAAUCAUAGAGAUUUACCUCACUAACAAUUGCCCUUAUUGGCUGAAGAAAUAUGUCUCCUAUGGCAAGAGCUCUCUGCUGAGAACAGGUAGGAUCACAUGA